AUGGUCUUCAAGCCUGUACUCGCAUCCACGACAUCUUCUUCCACGUCGUCGCGUGUUUCGCCAACGCCACCAAAUAGUAGUGUUCCAACAACAACAGCGACGACGUGUUUGAUUCCCUCACCAAAUAUCUCUUCUGAUUCAUUGUCAUCAUCGGCACAUUUUUCUCUGAAUUCAUCGACUAUGCAGCCGCCAUCCACAGUAAACGUGACCACCCAAAAAGACCAAAAAAAUCAAAAAGUCGAUGACGGAACUGUAAAAAAGAUUUCGGCACCGCGAAAAAAAAAGAAUGCAACUACAACAACGAAAUCCAAAUCUUCUGCUGCGUCUUCAAAGCAAACGAAAUCAUUGACAACUUCGAAAAAAGGCAAAAAAGCUUCGAAUCAGGUUGAAAUUCAGGAUUCAGCGACGCAGCCGCAGAAAGCAAAUAGUGAGAUGCUUCCUGGUACACAGCAACAAUUGCAAAAUUUGGAAUCUGUAGCAACUGCAUCAACAACGUCUAUCAAAAAUUCAAGAAAGAGAAAGAAUGUCGCCGCCACCACUACCUCAAAUGCUACAAAUACCACUACAACAGAUAGCGAAGGACCACAAGCGAUUAUAUCUCACGAAGAAGCAGCAGAAGAACCCAAAAAAUUAGCUGCAAAGCGACAAAAGAAGACAAAAGAUCCGAAUGCUCCGAAAAAGCCAUUAAAUGCUUUUAUAGAAUUUUCUCGCGUCAAAAGAGAAGAUGUAAAAAGAGAUAACCCUGGCAUGAAGCCCAUUGAAGUCAGAAAACGACUAGGAGAAAUAUGGCGCGGAUUAUCUGAUGCGGAAAAAGAGCCAUACAAAAACGCUCAACAAGCUGCAAAAGAACGAUAUGCCCAAGAAAUUAAAAUAUAUGAAGCAAAAGCGGCGGCGGUAGCAACUACAACAGAAACAUCAAAUACCACUAAAAAUACUGCUACUAUCAAUAACAGUGACAAUGACAGUGUAAUGCCGACAUCAACAAAACUUGAUAUAAACCAUUUCUUGCCGACUCCCGAAAAAUCUGUCUUGAAUGAAUACGAUGAUAUUCCUGUUGCUGGUGAUUCUUGUGAUAACGUCAUUACGUAUAAUGAUAUGAAUCCGACGAUGUUGAUGAUGGAGAUGCAUCCACAACAAAUGCAAAAAGCGAUAUCGAUGGACGAAUCUCAAUUCAACUAUAAUAAUGAUAACGCGAACGAAUAUGACAAAAAUAGUGGGGACGUGAAUGGAAAUUACAAUAACAAGAAUCCAUUCCCCCAAAUGAGCAGACAAAUUCCGAUGAACACCGACAAUUAUGAUAGCCAAGAUAAAAAUGGUAAUAAUAAUAAUUCACAAACAAAUAACUAUCUUACUGCUGAACCAUCCACCUCUCCAAUCUUAUCCUCGUCGUCAUCAUCUUUGACGGGUGUCAAACAAGAACCCGUUAGUCCACCAUCAUCACUUUUACUCUGCCAACCUUUCUGUCCACCGUCUUUGAUUGGUACGAAUGCUGAAGAUUAUUUGUUUUACAAAAAAAAGAAAAAGAGUAAAGCUGAAAUUGAAAAUUAUUUGUUUGUUCAACAAAAGAAUCAUCACCCGCAUCCGCGUGUAACUCCAGAAAGAUUCCAUCACCUUCAACAACAACAGCAGCAAAAACAUUUCAUGGAUUUCUCGCAGCAACAACAAAUGACUACACAGGAUCAUCGUCAAAUCGAACCACAAGUAAUGAUGACUCCGCAAAGGAUUACUCCAUUGCAGCAAAUUAAUCCUCAACAACUCGAACAACAAG